AUGGAAAAUCCAACAGCAGACGGAGAAGAAGCCCAAAGUAGCUGCAACUGGAGCGAGGCAGUGGAAGAUCUGGUCGCAACAGAAGAGACAGAAGCCGCCAUUUCUCUCCUCGAAACUACCGUUUCGAAACUUGAAAACCAAGAAUCAACCAACGAACCAGUCAAUCUUCAGUUAGCUUCUGCUCUCACUAACUUGGCCAAUCUCUACUCCUCCAAAGGUUUCUCUCUUAAAUCCGAUGAGCUACUCGCUCGUGCUUUUCAAAUUCGUGAUGCGAAAGUUGUAAACAAGGAUUUGAAGGACUCUUGGGAGGAUUCUGCUCAUAAUAGGCCUUCAAAUGAUGGGAAUUUUGAGAAAUCAGCAAAAUCAGUUGAUAAAGAUUUGCCUCAAGAUGAGUAUGCAGAAGACGAUUGGGAAGCUAUUGCUGAUCGUGCGCCUGGUGAAUUACUAUCCUCCCAGUGCUUACCUGAAGUAUCAAAUCUUUCAUUGGAAGAUACAAAAGUUCAAGCCCCUAAGCGGCGUGGAAGGGGAACAUUCUCUUAUGAAAAGAAUGAACUGUAUAGUGAUCGGCAAUAUGAUAAAUCUAUUGUUGAAGACACAGGGGAUGAAGGUGUGAGCCUUACUUCUGAAAGGAAUCCAGAUUUAAAACAUAGAUUGACAGGGAUAAUAAAUCCCUUGUACGUUGGACUGUAUGGUGCCAAACAAGAGGCUAAAUAUGGUACGCGCCAUGUUCUUGUUCUGGCUGACUUUUCACCUAGUACUAGGACGACAGAUCUAGAAAAGCUUUUGGAGGAAUUCAGAGAUCGUGGAUUUGUUAUUCGCUGGGUCAAUGAUACAAUUGCGCUUGCAGUAUUUUGUACACCGUCAGUAGCACUUGAGGUGCGGAACCGCAUUAAAUGUCCAUUCACUGUGCGUAUACUUGAUGAGGACGACUUCCUUUUAAGCUCAAUUUCUACAAAAGAUCUGGAACCUCCUCGUCAAAGGCCUCAAACAUCAGCAAGAACCGCCCAGAGGUUAAUUGCUCAGGGAAUGGGAUUGAAGUUGCCUUCCAGUUUUGGGUCUAGAGAACUGAAAAACCAGGAAGAAGCCAGACGUAAUCGCAUACAGUCAAGGCAAAAAUUGAGAGAUGAUGCCUGGGGUCCUGAUGAUGUAAACUAGGUUUUAUAAUUCCAUUGCUUAUAAUAAUUUUAGCUUUGACUAAUUCUUCACUAAUCCACAAG